AAGGGAUAUCAUAGCGGCUUGAUCAGAUGAUAGCUCGCUGGUAUUAUGACGUUGAGGUGGAUAUGACAGCGGUUUUGUUCUUGGACAGACCGCGCCGCACGAACCGCUGCACCAAAAGAAAAAGUCAUCGCUUUCGGGGACGUCACAACGGCUCGAUCAACAAGGCCGUGGAGUUACUCAUGCAAUCCGGUCAAGAAGACAUUAGCACCAAACUGGCACGCUCAGCCUUUUGGAUCAAGUGGACACAAAAUGCCAGUUUGAAGCAUGCGAGUACUCGGGUCAAGAGGAGAAAUGGAAGAGCUCGAUUGUGUUGGCUACAACAACAGCUCACAGAGCUAAAGUUGCAGCCUUGGAGAAAGGAAGGCUCCAUGAGAAUCCGGUUUGGCAUAUUGAUGUCUGAGUUUGGUAGGGAAGAUGCAAUCUGUGCAUAAUGGAGUUUUAUGAAGUCAGAUGAGGCAAUUAAAAAGCAGGAGUUUGCAGAUACUCUUCCAAGAGCAUCUAUUCAAGACUUAGGAAUGAUUUUGAUGGGUGAUGGAUAUGAGGUAUUUAUGAAGGGUCCUUCAUUGUAUGCUUUUAAGGGUUUGGCUGGUCGAUUUGCGCCUAUAGGAGUACAUAUAUCAAUGCUUCUGAUUAUGGUUGGUGGAACCCUUAGUGCCACUGGGAGCUUUAGAGGCUCGGUCACAGUUCCUCAAGGGCUAAAUUUUGUCAUGGGAGAUGUCUUGGCCCCAGUUGGGUUUCUCUCAAUUCCAACAGAUGCUUUUAAUACGGAAGUUCAUGUUAAUAGAUUCACCAUGGAUUAUUAUGACAGUGGAGAAGUGAGUCUUUUGUCUCACGACUCACAGUUUCACUCUGAUCUUUCACUACGUGACCUUAAUGGGAAAGAGGUUCUGAGAAAAACAAUUAGCGUUAAUGAUCCCUUGAGAUACGGUGGGGUCACCGUAUACCAGACAGAUUGGAGUUUCUCAGCCUUGCAGGUGACAAAGGAUGGUGAGGGACCAUUCAACUUGGCUAUGGCACCCAUUAAGAUCAAUGGAGACAAGAAGUUAUAUGGGACUUUCUUACCAGUUGGUGAUACCAAUGCUCCCAAUGUCAAAGGAAUAUCGAUGCUAGCUCGGGAUCUACAAUCCAUUGUUGUGUACGAUUUGGACGGAAAAUUCGCUGGAAUAAGGAGACCAAACUCAAAGCUUCCCAUAGAAAUCAAUGGUAUGAAGAUCGUUAUCGAGGAUGCAAUUGGAAGCACUGGUCUUGAGUUAAAGACUGACCCAGGAGUACCAGUGGUCUAUGCUGGUUUUGGUGCUCUAAUGCUCACAACUUGUAUCAGUUACUUAUCUCAUUCGCAGACUGUCCAAGAGGUGAUUGCAGCUGGCGAAGGACUACCGGAGAGAUAUCUCCAUGAACCAACCGGCGAAGGCGAAAGUCAACCACUUAACUGUUCGGUGCCAGAUAUGGAUAUUCCGGCCAUCGAUCUCAGUCUUCUCUUCUCUUCUUCUGAAGAGGGUCGAGAAGAGUUGAGUAAACUUCACUCAGCGCUCUCUACAUGGGGCGUUGUUCAGGUGAUGAAUCAUGGAAUUACUGAAGCGUUUCUUGACAAGAUUUACAAGCUAACCAAGCAGUUCUUUGCGCUUCCGACCGAAGACAAACAAAAGUGCGCUAGAGAGACAGGUAAUAUCCAAGGAUAUGGAAACGAUAUGAUUCUGUCUGAUAAUCAAGUUCUUGAUUGGAUCGACCGUUUGUUUCUCACUACUUACCCUGAAGAUAAGCGUCAACUUCAGUUCUGGCCUCAAGUCCCAGUCGGAUUCAGUGAAACUUUACAUGAAUACACAAUGAAGCAACGGGUAGUGAUUGAGAAAUUCUUUAAGGCUAUGGCUAGAUCAUUGGAAUUGGAAGAGAAUUGUUUUCUAAAGAUGUAUGGAGAAAAUGCUAUAAUGAAUUCAAGAUUCAACUUCUUUCCUCCAUGUCCAAGGCCAGAUAAGGUUAUUGGGAUUAAACCGCACGCUGAUGGCUCGGCUAUCACUCUUCUUUUACCCGACAAAGAUGUCGAAGGACUUCAGUUUCUCAAAGAUGGGAAGUGGUAUAAAGCUCCAAUAGUUCCUGAUACAAUUCUGAUCAAUUUAGGAGAUCAAAUGGAGAUAAUGAGCAACGGGAUAUACAAGAGCCCGGUUCAUCGAGUGGUGACGAACAGAGAAAAUGAAAGGAUUUCUGUGGCAACGUUUUGUGUUCCAGGUCCAGACAAAGAGAUUCAGCCUGCGGAUGGGCUUGUGACUGAGGCAAGACCAAGAUUGUAUAAAACAGUUACCAAGUAUGUGGAGCUCUACUACAAGUACUAUCAACAGGGUCGAAGAACUAUUGAAGCUGCAUUGAUCUGAUACUACUUUUCAUGUUUCACAAAUAGAUCUGUUUGUUUGUUGGAACUUUGGAAUUUGAGGCUGCAUUGUGUUGUGUUACAAUUCUGAGACAAUAAAGAGAGAGAGUCUAAAAUCUUAAGAGUAAAAUUUCCCAUAUCAA